UAACGAGCCAUCAUCCGCAACUUUUCCACACAACAGAUGAGCAUGUGACGGCAGUGUUGCUGUGCGCAGGGGGCUUGAUAUAUCUGGAUGGCUGGUGUAAUGCGAACUUAUUUAUUUAAACAAUUAGAAAGACGCUUCGCUGUUGCUUACAUACCGGUGUUACCUGUGAAUCUGGUGUGUGUCCAUGCAUGUGCGAGUGCGUUCCUCAUUGGAUUGGCGACAUCCUCUGAUGCUAAGGCGUAGAACGAUCACGUUCUAUAGAUUUGCAUACCAGCCUACCGCGACAAAGCCACAGUCUCAGUAGGG